AUGAGUGGGGCAGCGGUUGCGCGGCUCCUGCUCCGCUUGGAGCUACCCUCGCCGGGAGUGAUGCCACCACCGCCCACGGACUACGACUACGGCGGACCCAUCAGCGACGAUGAGUUCCUGGCCAGUGCGAUGGCCACCGAGGGCCCAACGGUUCGCUACGAUCUGUUCCCCCAAAACCACAGUCAAACCACUCUGCACAUCGUCCUCAACCACACGGAGGUGCAAACAGAUCUGCAAUAUCCGCACUACGACGACUUGGGUCUGGAUCCCGAACCGAAUUGGACGCGAAUCUGCGAGGAUGUGUACAAUCCACUGCUGGAGAACAAUCGCAUUGAGUUCUGGGUGUGCGGUGUAUUGAUAAAUAUCGUUGGUGUCCUCGGCAUACUGGGCAACAUAAUCUCCAUGAUAAUCCUCUCCAGGCCGCAGAUGAGAUCCAGUAUCAACUACUUGCUCACUGGCUUGGCCCGCUGCGAUACGGUGCUGAUUAUCACCUCCAUACUGCUGUUCGGCAUACCCAGCAUAUAUCCUUACACGGGUCACUUCUUCGGCUACUAUAACUACGUAUAUCCGUUUAUAUCGCCGGCGGUAUUCCCUAUUGGGAUGAUAGCACAGACAGCUAGUAUAUAUAUGACUUUUACGGUGACUUUGGAGAGAUAUGUAGCCGUUUGUCAUCCUUUGAAGGCGAGGGCGCUCUGCACUUACGGAAGAGCUAAGAUAUACUUCAUAGUAUGUGUGUGCUUCUCGUUGGCCUACAAUAUGCCCAGAUUUUGGGAGGUCCUGACUGUAACCUAUCCCGAACCGGGCAAGGAUGUAAUACUCCACUGCGUCAGACCCUCGAGACUUAGGAGGUCCGAGGCGUACAUCAACAUAUACAUACACUGGUGCUACCUGAUCAUAAACUAUAUUAUACCCUUUCUCACCCUAGCCAUACUAAAUUGCCUGAUAUACAGGCAGGUGAAGCGGGCUAAUAGGGAGCGCCAGAGGUUAUCCAGAUCAGAGAAAAGGGAGAUCGGAUUGGCCACAAUGCUGCUGUGCGUGGUAAUAGUGUUCUUUAUGCUCAACUUUCUGCCGCUGGUGCUCAAUAUAUCCGAGGCCUUCUACAGCACCAUCGAUCAUAAAAUAACAAAGAUCUCCAAUCUACUGAUCACCAUCAACAGCAGCGUCAACUUCCUCAUAUACAUCAUCUUCGGCGAAAAGUUCAAGCGCAUUUUUUUACUCAUUUUUUUCAAGCGCCGCCUGAGUCGUGACCAACCGGAUCUCAUCCACUACGAGAGUUCCAUAUCGAACAACGGCGAUGGAACUCUGAACCACCGAUCCUCCGGCCGCUUCUCGCGGCACGGCACCCAGCGGAGCACCACCACCACCUACCUGGUGGCCACCGGAGGACCAGGCGGUGGGGGAUGCGGUGGUGGCGGUGGCAAUAAUUCCCUCAACAAUGUCCGACUGACCCAGGUCUCUGGCUCACCCGGCCUGGUCAAGAUCAAGCGGAAUAGAGCUCCCUCGCCUGGUCCAGUGGUCUACUUUCCCGCCCGCGAAAUGCAGAGAUCUGCGUCCACCACCAAUUCGUCAACCAAUAACAAUACUUCCAUUGGUUACGACUGGACCUUGCCGGACAGCAAAAAACUGGGACACGUCUCCUCCGGAUUCUGAGUUUGUGUCCGGGUGAAUGCGAUUAGAAUGGGUCACUGGGAAGGGGUGGACUUAGUGCACUAGUCUUGUAAAUAUAAAUAGACACGGAAAUAGGGUGUAACAAACAGCUGUGGUCAAAAUAAGGAUUUAGUUGAAUUUAGCUAAAUGUAACAUUUGGAUUUUA